AUGGAUGAAAUAAUGUCGACGCAUCCUUUAAUCAGUGAUGUUUACGACGACGACUGUUAUGAUGAUGAUGAUGAUGAUGAUGAUGAUGAUGAUGAUGAUGAUGAUGAUGAUGAUGAUGAUGGUGAUGAUGAUGAUGAUGAUGAUGAUUACGACCAGAUGAUACGAAAGCCGCGAAGUGCACGGGUGUGGAUCGAUAGCGAAACGAUUCACGUGAUUGGUGACUACGACGAAGGAGCGAAACAGAUGCACUUUCCUCAUGGAUUUGUCCCUCCUCACUUUUCCACAAAACUAUUUCCCCAGUGUUCCAUCGCCCACGUUGCCUUUAUUUGUUUGUUUGCCUAA